UCUCUGUCUUUCACAUACACACACACACUUUUACAAAUGCAGGGAAGAGGACUGGACCGGCCGGAGAGAUCCUAUCUGAUCGAGUGGGUUGCUGCGUGAAGGAUGUAGGAGCCAGAGGGUGGAGGGGAGCGGGAUGGAGUGCUCCUGGAAGACAGUGCUGCUGCUGGUGUGUGCCUCUCUGGGGGUCCAGUACACGGCCAUCCGCACCCUGAGGGACUCGCUGUCUGGACCCUGUCAGGGAGUCUACCGCUGCCAGACCAGGCAUCAUAGAGACUCCAGGUGGAGAGCUUUGUGCGAUGACAGUUGGAUGCCCAUCGAGUCUCCUCGGAAGCACAUCCUACUCUUUGCCACCACACGCAGUGGAUCUUCUUUCACCGGGCAGCUCCUCAAUCAGCAUCCAGGGAUCUUCUACGUGUUUGAGCCUCUCUACCACGUCCAGCAGGCGUUCACUAACUCCAGCAGCAGGCUGCGUCGCACCCUGGACCGCCGGGCCCUACUGGGAGCAUACAGGGACCUCCUCCUCAAUCUAUACACCUGCGACCUCCACUUCAUGGAAAACUACAUCCGUCCAGAGCCCCAGGACCACGUCACAAGCUCCUUUUUCCGCCGAAGCUCCAGCCAUGCCCUCUGUUCCCCGCCCGUGUGCUUGGAAGGAGGGGAUGCAGCAGCCUCUGAGUCACCUGACGAAACCUGGUGUCCUAAGAAGUGUGGGGCCCUGAACCUUACUUUAGCUUCUAUGUCAUGUCUGUCAAGAGGACACGUAGCCAUAAAGACUGUACGGGUCCCUGAGGUAGGGGAUCUGCGCACCCUGACUGAAGAUCCACGUCUGGACCUGAAGAUCAUCCACUUGGUGAGGGACCCCAGAGCCAUCCUCGCAUCUCGCAUUAUGGCGUUUUCGGAUCAGUUCCGCGCUUGGAAAAUAUGGAACGCAACUGGACGGCAGCCUCGAUACGUGGACCUGUCGCAGAUCACCAGCACCUGUAAGGACAUGGUGGCCUCUGCAGAAACAGGCCUGCAGAGACCGGCAUGGCUGCGGGGACGCUACUUGCUGGUGCGGUAUGAGGACCUGGCAUUCAACCCGAAGGACAAGGCCACCGAGAUCUACAGGUUUGUGGGGCUGGAGAUGGAGGACAGGGUGCAGAUGUGGAUCGCAAAGAACACCAACAGUAACGCAUCGUCACCGUCCGAGUGGAACUACAGAUACUCCACCACCAGAGAUUCCAGAGCGACAGCAGAGAGCUGGAGGCUUCGGCUUGGCUUCGACAUUGUGAGGACUGUGCAAAAUCUGUGUAACGACACUCUGGCCCUGCUGGGAUACAAGCAGGUUCACUCUGCAGCCGAGCUCAGAAACCUGUCCCACAGUUUAGUGGAACACAGGACCUUUCAACCAGUCCCAUGGUAGAUUUAAUUAAAGGGUUAAGAAAAUCUCACUGUUAUUUAUUUAUUUAUUUAUUGAUUGAUUGAUUGAUUGAUUUCCUCGGUCAUGAUGCUGAUAAAGUGAUUGUAAUUUAUCUUAUUUUUGAACAAUGCCUAAAGUAAUUUAAUAUCACUUGUAUUUUCACUUUUUAUGGUUUUGUUAAUGAUAUUAAAAGUGCCAAAUCUCGAGUGUGUGUGAUGGUGGAAAAGCUAC